AACCUCUGCAGCCCUGCAGGUUUGGAAAGCUUAAACCCAAGUUUGAAAGGCUUUUUCCAUUCCAAAUGAUUUUUUGGCUUAAGCGCUUAAUUAGGAUGGCUUUUGAACAAGUUGGAUUAAACAUGGAAUCAGUGCUUUGGUCAAGCAAGCCUUACGGUUCAUCUCGAAGUAUUGUAAGAACAAUUGGUACUAACCUCUCUCUUAUACAGUGUCCAAGAGUUCAGUUUCAGCUUACUUCUCAUGCCACAGAAGGAAACCAUCCUAAUCAACUUAGAGAAGAUGCAGUGGCCUCCUUUGCAGAUGUGGGAUGGGUUGCUCAAGAAGAAGGUGAAGUCUCUACAAGACUCAGGUCAGAAGUUUGGUCAAAAACAGCCCAGCCUCUUUCAGGUGAACUCCAUCAUUCUGGAAGGUCCCUGUGCAGACAGACAUCCUUGCAGAACCCAUUGGAAGAAGAACCGGUGUCCAGGAGCACAGUGACCGCAAAUGAAGAAGCUCUGCAGAAGAUCAGUGCUCUAGAAAAUGAACUAGCCACUUUAAGAGCACAAAUAGCCAAAAUUGUAAUCUUGCAAGAACAACAGAACCUGACGGCAGUUGGGUCAAGUCCAGCUGCUUCAGCUGUUUUCCCUGUCAUGCCUCCACCACCGCCACCUCCUCCUCCACCACCGCUCCCUCCCCCAGGCCUACAACCGAGUAUGUCUGCAAUUGAGCUCAUUAAAGAAAGGAAAAACAAAAAACCAAACUCUGGACAGAAUCCGACAGAAAAUGGGCCAAAGAAGCUUGAAAUACCAAACAUGCUAGAAAUCCUCAAAGACAUGAACAGUGUGAAACUACGCUCAGUGAAAAGAUCAUCAGAAGGUACAAAACCCAAAGCGGCUGACCCUACAGAUCCCGCAGCGUUAAUAGCAGAAGCGCUCAAAAAGAAAUUUGCUUAUCGAUACCAAAACGAUUGCCAAAGUGAAACGGAAAAAGUGAUUCCAAAGACUGAAACAAAGACAAAGACUGACAUGCUGUUUGGACAGCACAUGCUGAAGUCUACAGGAAAAAUGAAGACUUUAAUUGAAAAAUCUUAA